GAACUUGUCCUACUCAAGAUCUUCAACGUGGGCAGCAGGUAUUUGGUGAACCGGGUAGACCACAUCCAGAGCCGGAUAGUGUACUACCUCAUGAACAUCCACGACCCGAGGUCCAUCUACCUGUGUCGUCACGGAGAGAGCGAGCUCAACCUCGUGGGUCGCAUUGGGGGGGACUCUGGGCUGUCGCCUCGAGGGCUCAAGUUUGCCAGUGCUCUGGGUACGUACAGUGGUCAGUGUAUCAGUGACCUGAAGGUGUGGACGAGUCACAUGAAGAGGACCAUCCAGACCGCAGAGGGUCUGGGAGUUCAGUACGAGCAGUGGAAAGCUCUCAACGAGAUCGACGCUGGGGUUUGCGAGGACAUGACGUACGAGGAGAUCCAGGAGCAUUACCCAGAGGAGUUCGCACUGAGAGACCAAGACAAAUAUCGCUAUCGCUACCCCCGAGGAGAGUCAUACGAGGACCUGGUGCAGCGUCUGGAGCCAGUCAUCAUGGAGCUGGAGAGGCAGGAGAACGUUUUGGUCAUCUGUCACCAGGCUGUCAUGAGGUGUCUGCUGGCAUACUUCCUGGACAAAAGUGCAAAUGAGCUGCCCUACCUGAAGUGUCCUCUCCACACAGUCCUGAAACUCACGCCCGUCGCCUACGGUUGUAAAGUGGAGUCCGUCUUCCUCAACAUCGAAGCCGUCAACACGCACAGAGACAAACCAGAGAACGUGGAUGUCGACAGAGAACCGGCGGAGGCGUUGGAGACGGUCCCUGACCACAUCUAGAGCUGAUCUGAUCUCCUCCUACUGUCAUGGAAAGUGGCCUUUUUUAAUUUAACUAAUCUUACUUUUCAUUGUUGUGAUCACGGUCAUGAAAUGGACACAACAUGUGAUGCAUAAACAAUCAGGAGUUUUCCUCCGAUGAGCGCAUACUUCCAUUAUAAACGCACUUUAUCCUGCAGGACUCAGGCCAAAUGUCUGUGAUACGAAGAUGAGGCUUCCUUUACCGACCACAACACGUCAGAAACUUAAACUUUAUCUUCCUCCGUUCUUGUGCUAAUAGACUAACCACCAGCGUACGAUUAUUUAAAGAUCUCUGAGGUUUCAUCCUUUGAGAACAGGAAGUGUUCAGCUGGAAGGUUUUCUGUUUCUCCUCGUAACAGUGACUCAAACAGGAAACGUUUGCACAGUGUUGACAUAAAAGGGAAUUAUUUGACAUGUUGACAACCGCUUUCUUCACCUCUCUCGUGUCUGUUAGCAUGCUUUAGCUUAGCGCAGCACAAAGACUGGAAACAGAUCAGUGCUGUAACUACGCUCAGCCGUCAUCGCGUCUUUGUACGGUCAUAAUUAUUCUCAAUUCAAAUCUUAAUCACGUUUUUAAAUCACAUUAUUUCGCACUUACAAAUACAAAUUAUUAGGCUUUUAUUUUGACCC